AUGGUGACCGUCAAGCACAAGGAGGCGGUUCACCGCGUGACGUCAGAUCAUUCGCCCGGCCUCCACCAAAUCUCCCAUUCCCUUUCCCACCAAACCCCUCCUCCCCAUCCACAGCACUCCCCUCAAAUUAAUCACCAUUCACCGCCUUACCAGACUUCCUCCCUGCACGCGCAUCCCGCGGAAGCCGAUUUCAGCCCCCUUUCCGCGCAGCCUCUUUCCGCGCGCCGCCGGCGCGCGCAUUCCUCCGCGCACGCGGGUCCAGACCUGCUCCUGUCUACGGGCCGCCUGUUGCUGCUGCUGGCGAUAAUAAUCGCCUUCGUAUUCCUUUACUCCGAGCUCGAGUCGCGGAUAGAUCUUGAUGACGAUCCGUUGGGAGAGGAGAAGAGCUUCAGACGGGAAAACGGAAACGGAAACGGUAACGGAGGAAGAAACGGAAACGGAGGCGCAGGCGGGUUGGAGAGAUGGGGGCUGGCAGAAGGUUCGGAGGAGUCAUGGCAGCACAGAGGGUUGGCGGAUUUCGGGAAUCAGAGCGUAUCGGAUAUUCUAAGCUCCGUGAUCGCGGAAGGGAGUAACGAGGGUGCAGAUAACGGGGAUGGUGACAGUAACGGGACUGACGAGGACGGGAAUGGGGAGGCAACUCAGGCUCGGGUCACUGAUCGGUGGUCCGUAGGGUCUGAUAAGCGGUCGGAUAAGCGGACUAAGGAGUCUGAUAAGGGGUCCCGGACGAGGCUACUAGAGGUUGGCCCGAGUUUAGAGGAGCGGCGACGGUUGCUUCUUCUGGAGCGUGACCAUAAAGGGGUUUUAUCCGUAUCCCACCAUAAGCACACGGCACUUGGCGGGCAUGGGGCGAGAGGACACGGAAGGUCGCUGGAAGAUUCGGGGUCCGGCGGCGCUGACGUCAGCGGUAGCGGCAGCGGCAACGGUGGCGGGAGAAGGGGGGGCGGAAGCGGUGUAGGGGAGGAGGAGGAGGAGGUAUUCGAUAUGUACGAGGCUUCGCUAGACGAGCAGGUGGCGCAAGACAUCACUUUAGUCAUCUCCGCUAAGCACACAUUCAGCUCCGCGCCCGCGCAGCUUGACGCGGUUCUCCGCAACACCCCCCCCUCCCCCGUCGUGUACCUGCUCUCCGCGGACAUGCCCGCACGCGUGCGCACGCACGUGCUGCGGCGGAAGCGCGAGGCGGACGCGGGGAUGUGGCGCGGGAACGCGGUGCUGCGCGGAACCCCCGCCGCGGACGGAUCUAUGCAUUACCAGCAGCAGCAGGAGCGGCGCAUGGUAAUUAAAGACGUAGGGCGCCACGCGAGCGGAUUCGCGAUGCGAAACGCGUCAGUGGAGCUAAUUAAGACUAAAUACGCACUGUUCAUAUUCUCAGACGUGUUCCCCCUAGGUCACAGAUGGCUGCAGAAGCUGUAUAUGUUCGCCGAGGCUAGGGGGGGUGAGGGGGUGAUUUUCUUGCCGUUCCUGUGGGAGCAGUCCCGCGGAGGCUCGGCACCGAGCUUCAAGGGAAUGAUGUCCAUGGAUGGAAUGGUGGAAGGCGGGGGGGGAAGCGGAGGGGGAAGCGGUGGGGGAAGCGGAGUGGGGAGCGACGGGGACGAGAGUGGCAGUGGCGGCAGCAGCGGUGAAAGCGGUGGCAGGGAGCUAGGGCACGCGAGGAAGACCCACACAGGCAGCAGGUGCAAGGCGGAGGGGGAGAGCAUGCGGCUGCAUGCGGCGUUCGGCGCGGAUAUGAUCCUGGACGACUUUAGCAACGACGGGAAGCUGUACCCUCAGCCCAUAGAGGACCCUCAGGUCGCCGCCGCGCUAGACCCGACCCUGCUCGACCCGAGGGAGUCAGCUGUAGGGAUAGAGGAUCACUGCUUGCUCGUCCGGCACUCGUUUCUGUUGGAGGCACAAGUUUUUGACCCCCAGGUCGGGUAUACGCGGCAGGAUUUGGAUAUAGCGCUGACGACGAGGUAUUUUAACUACAAGGCGUUUCUGGUGCCGCAAUCCGUGGUGGUAUACCACCAGCCAUCGACUAGUAUACAGACCAGCGACCUAGUGUAUUUUGUGAGUCAGAGUGGGGAUGAUGUGUGCACGGCGAACCAGGUGUUUCUGCGGCACAAGUGGGGGGUGAUUGUGGGGCAGCGGUGCCGCGGGUUUGUGGAUGCGGCAUUGAGGGGGCUGAUGUGGGUCGCGGAGGGGGACGCGGGGACGGACAUGCGCGCGCAGGCGCAGGCGGAGGGGGGUGGAGGGGGGGAUUUGGGCGUGCAAGCGGAGGGGGAGAUGGAGGACCUAUGGCGCUCAUCCUCUCUCAGAGACGGGCAGCUGUUCACGGUGCGGCGCAGCCUGGUGAAGAAGAACGAGAAGCAUCCUGGAAGGAGGGCGCCAGACCUGCCGGUGCUGACGCGCAUGUACGUGCCGUUUGUGCUGGUCGAGGCUGAGAUGGAGGUGCCGAUCAUUCCCGCCGGCAGGAAGAGCAACAGCAACACCAGCAGCAGUGGUGGCAGUGGGGAUGUUGCGGACGGUGGUGGUGAUGGUGUGGGUGCUGGGGAUGGGGCUGAUGGGAUGGGUGUGGAGGGGGUGGCAGAAGGGGACAGGGUGGGAGGGGAGAGCAGCGCUAAGGGCAUUGCCCGUUCAUGCAUGUUCAACGGCAUGUCUGUAGUCAUCGAGGAGAAGUGUUUUUUUCCUAACGGACCCACUGCACGCAGUAGAGGCACUCUCCUCGGGCCCCCAGGCUCGCACGUCGGCCCGGCGCGCCCGUGCCUGCGCUCGGCGCGGUACUUCCGAGCCUGGAUGUACGUUCGGCACGUGGAGAUGGACAGAACGCCUCUCUUCAUGUUCGACCGAUUCCGCCGCACCCUCCGCCGGUCCCUCUCGGCCCGCAGAGGCGGCGGGUGGAUCGACGCAAAGCACAUGGCGUGGCUGUCGAGGUGUUUAAGGCCGGUGGUGCGGAGGGUGCGCAUUGUGCGGUGUGUGGCGGGGACGGGGGACCCGUGCGCGGUGGCGUGGCACGUGGGGGCUGUGCCGGACGCGUGGCGGCUGGUGCUGUGGGCGUGGCGCCCGCAGAGCGUGCGGACGGCGCAGGUGGCUCUCAUGGCGCGCGACACUGAACCCGUUGAUGACAUGGCAGCAAAACCUCAAUGCAAAACCGUUUCCGUCCCUUGCAUCGCUUGCGGCACUCCCUCCCUUUCCCUGCCUUCAGGAGAGAACAUUUCCCUUCUGAGCAGCUCGCCAGAACUCCCACAAAUCCCGUCAGUGGCCUUGCUGAACCGUUUCCUCACAUUCCAAAAUCUGCUUGUGCUCUCCUUCUCUGUCUCCGACCACCAAGACUUUCCAUUGGGCAUCAAGACUGCUAUUCAGGCUCUUAUUGGUUUCCGGCAUUCGCGGGAUAUUUCCGGUGUUUCAUGCGCUGGAACUUCUCAAGCGCCUUCAGAAGCGUAUUCAAGCAUGGAGUCCGUGCCGCAGCUGAACGUGUCGUCCCCGAGGCCGCUCGAUCAAUCUGAAGAGGGACAAUCCAGCGGCUGGGGUUGGGUGGCGUCGCCGUCUGUCGCGGCGUCUAACCUCCUCAAUCUGCACUCCCCAGCUGCCCAGCACCCAUCGCCGUUUCGCUACAACCGCCUUCCUCCCGACGGAUCUGUCCUCCCAUCCCCCUCUGACUCCGAACCCAGCCCCACCUCCUCCCUCUCCGCCUCCGCCCCCGCUUUCCGCGCAUCCCGCUUCAACGCCCCCGCUGCCUCCCCCGCAUCACAUUCCUCCAAGCUUUCCGCUGACCCGCUCUCCCCCUCCUCCCCCUCACCCUCUUCCCCCUCCUCCUUCUCAACAACCACCAUCGCCGAUCUUCCAGACGACUGUCUCGCGCUCGUUUUCACCCACCUCACCUCGCCUCGGGAUUGGCUCGCAGCGGCGUGCGCGUGUCACCGCUGGCGCUACGCGGCCAAUGACGGCAUCCGCACGCUCUCGCUCUCCGAAUCAGCCAUUCACAGCCUGCCAGGUGGCCUUGCCUGCGGCCUCCACAGAUUCCGCCAGCUGGCGUCGCUCGAGGUUCCUGCGCCCUGCCUCUCCCCUGGGAUCGCCACCACGCUUGCCACGUGUCCGCAUCUGACGGCCCUCCAUCUUGUGCCGCUACGGCGCGUUCUCGCGCACAAGUUCACGCGGCACGAUGUUUUUCCGCUGCCCGAGGAGCUCGGGCAGGUCACGCAGCUGCAGUACCUAAGGGUUAUGAGCGAGAUGGUGGCUGAAAUUCCGGAUUCCGUUUGCCACCUGCCCGUCCUCCGUACGCUGCACCUGGACUCGUGUCUGAAGCUGAAGGCUCUGCCCGCAGAAAUCGGGCAGCUUGCUGACCUGGAGGAGCUGAAGAUCACCGAAUGCCGGGCAAUUUUGGAGCUGCCCGAGUCGCUGGGCAGCCUGUCGCAGCUUCGGACUCUGAUCCUCAACCAGUGCACGAGUCUUGCCAAGCUGCCCGAAUCCCUCUCUUCGCUGGCUUCGCUGGAAACUUUUGAGGUCGCAGCAUGCAACAAGCUGAACCAGCUGCCCAAAGGGUUUUCUCAGCUGCCCAACCUCCUGGUGCUCCGCCUGACCGGGUUUGAAACUCUCCAGCCGAUCCCGGAAAUCGCAAUUAAGUUUCACGACCUGCGAGUGCUCCACAUGGGGUGGGCGGCAGCCGAAAUCCCCUUUUCCUGGUCGCUCUUCCACGACCUUCAGGAUCUUUCACUCGCCUGCCCGCUGACCGAACUUGACAAUCUCAGCCUGCUGCCCUUGACCCGGCUCACCUCGCUUGAGGUCACUCACUCGCGCUACCUCACCGCCCUCCCCUCCUCCGUCUGCUCCCUCUCCUCCCUCACUCUCCUCCGCCUCAACGUGUGCUCUAAGCUCACUUCCCUCCCCACCAACAUCGGCUCCUUGACUCAACUCCGUUCGCUUGAACUUAAGAAGUGCCUGUCACUCUCUGCUCUCCCGGAUAGCUUGGCGAGUCUGCACUGCUUGGAUGCUGUCAUAAUCAAGGACUGCCAUUCGCUGAAGUGCCUGCCCAAGGAUUUCGGGCAGCUGGGAAAACUUCGGUCCAUGCAGCUGGUGAACUGCCCGGUUUUGCAGGACCUGCCCGCAUCUUUCGGGCAGCUUUCGUCGCUUCAGGCGCUGGAGAUCUGGAACUGCAAGGCGCUGGUGGGUCUGCCCGACUCGUUCGGGCAGCUGGAAAAGCUGAAGAAGCUUCGCAUUAUUGGCUGUAGCUCGGUCCUCGCUCUGCCGGAGAACUUCGGGCAGCUGAAAUCUCUUGAGUUCCUGGAGCUGCUUGACCUUCAGCGGGUAGAAAUCCUUCCCGGCACAUUCGGCAAUCUUUCAACGCUGCAGUCGCUGACCCUUCGCCUGCCUGGGAUCACACAGCUGCCUUCUUCCUUCGGGCAGCUUGCCUCGCUCCAUUGGCUUGUGCUGCUCAGCAUGCCGAACCUUUCCAACCUGCCCGAGACCUUGGGUACCCUUUCGGCACUCAAGCAGCUGGAGUGUGUGUCCUGCACGUCUCUCCGCCAGGUGCCCGAGUCUCUCGGGCAGCUUAAGAAUCUUUCGGACGUGGACUUUCAGUGGAUCCCUGUUUCAAGCCUCCCUGCUUCGCUCGGCUCCCUGUCUCGACUUCAGUCUCUGCUGCUGACUGGGCUGACCAACCUGCGCACUCUGCCCGCAUCUAUCGGGCAGCUGGAAAACCUCAAGAAGCUGAAGCUGGUGAGCCUGUCGCAGCUCUCCUCUCUGCCCGACUCCUUCGGCGAGCUGACUAGCCUCCGCAUCCUCGUCAUAACCCACGUCCCCCUCACCGCCCUCCCUGCAAACUUCACCUUCCCUUCCCUCCUCUCCCUCACCAUCUCCCACACCAAACUCUCCACCCUCCCACCGUCCUUCUCCUCCCUCACAUCCCUCCGCAUGCUCCACAUUGCACACUGCCCCACACUCCGCGCCCUCCCCUGGGAUCUUGGCAACCUCUCCUCUCUCCACACCCUCCGCCUCCUCUCUCUCCCCCUCCGCUCGCUCCCUGAUUCUACCGGAUCGCUUGCCAAGCUGCAAGAGCUAGAGCUGCAGGACCUUCCGAUCUGCUCGGUGGAUUUUCUGGGCAAGAUGAAGCGGGUGCGGAAGGUGACUAUAAAGGAGUGUGAUUCGCUGAGGGAGGCGCAUGGAUCCAUGCCGGCUUGGAUGAGAUCGGCUUCGAUUCCGAACGCAGCUGAGCAUUGCGUUUUCGAAUGCCCCUCCUCCCUCUCCGCUUCUGCCUUAUCUGAACAUGUAUGA